GAACAGAACUUAGCAACACUAGGUGGACAGGAGUCGGCUGCAUUAUGGCACUCUGAAGGAGUGAAUGCUGAUGAAUUGGUGUUAGUGAUGAAAGUAUGGAAGGUGAUGAAAGAAUGGAAGGUGAUGAAGUCAGCGAUGAAAGAAUGGAAGGUGAUGAAGUCAGCGUUGAAAGAAUGGAAGGUGAUGAAGUCAGCGUUGAAAGAAUGGAAGGUGAUGAAGUCAGUGAUGAAGAAGAACAUGAUGAAGUGGCCAAGAGAGAAGAGUUGAUGGAAAACAGUGAAUCUGAAGAUGAUGACGAUAAAGUGAAACCGACUUUCCAGCAGAGUGACAAGGUAUUCAGAUCCUCUCCAUUACUGACCACACCACACUUUCUCAAGAUAUUGAGUAGCAAGGCACAAAAACCACUUGUGAAGGUAAAGCAGAAUCCAAAAAAACCAACCCAAACACGAAAGAAAACAAUUUUGCCAGGCAGCUUUGUAAAGUCUGUGUUUACUCACUAUGCCAAAAUGAGAGUGAAGAAGGAAACAUUUACAGUGGUGGAACAAUGCUUGGAAUUGUACUUCAAGCAGCUUUGUGAUGAUGUUGAUGUUUACAGCAAACAUGCUAAAAGAAGGACUAUUGAAAAAGAAGACUUGGAACUUCUAAUGAAAAGGCAGGGAUUUGUGACUGCCAAGUCACCCUUGAAUGUACUGAUAGAACACCAUUUACCUAUGGAAUGCAGAGAAAAACUAAUUCCAAUGGCUGUCAGUGGGAGUAAGAUAAUUCCCAAAAAAUAACUACCAUAACCAGAUGUAAAAGCUCAAGGCCCAGAUGGAAAUCCCACCAAGAGAUUCCAAACACGUUUUUUUAACAUCCUCAUCAAGAUUAUAAAUAUCAGUACUUAGCACUUUUGGCACUCAGUGGCGACAUGAGUACUCCUAGGUUAGGUAUACCACAGUGGUUUGCAACGUAAUCUCGCUACUCAGCCAAAUAAUGUGUCUUCGCCCAACUCUCCACUUCACCGCUGUGAUUUUUUUUCCCCCUUCCUGAAACAGGUGCUCUGAGUGAGAUUCCUAAUUUUAUAUGAAAUAAUGCACAAUUUAUUUUCUGGGCCUGUGCUCACUAGAAAGCAGGUUGAGACUGUCCAAAUAAAUUUUCAACAGAAAGUGGAGAGCUAAAUUCAAACAAACAAAACUUGAAGUUGGAAAGAAAAAGUAUUUUCUUACUUACAGAUAUUAAAAUAAAUGUAAUUUGCAGCACAAACAAUUUUUCUUACCAAAGCUUUUUGCAAUCUCAGAAAGAUCUACAUUAAAAUUUUACUUCCUUAAAAUAAUGACUAGAUAUGUAGAUGCUGACAUAAAAAAAAUAAAAUCUUUUAUAUCUUUAGUUUUGGGCUUUGCAUUCCUGACUUGACGUGACUUCCAUGACCAAUGUUUAUGAGAACACUGCGUGCAAACAAGGUUGUACAUUUUAUGUAAAAUUGUGUAACUAUAUAAAGAAAGCCUGCAUCUAGUUCAGUAAAACUUUACCAUAAUUGAGACGACCCUUCUACUUCAGUAAUCUUUUGAGCUCCCAUUAUUCAUGUCCCACCCAAUAUAGCACUUGCUGCUCCGAAUACCUGGUAGGUUUCUUGUAACUUCAAAUUGUUUAAAUGGCUUCAUGGUUUAUUGGUUUACUAAGUAACUAAUAAAGUUAAUUUGACUUUUUAAAGUAAUAAUGGGAAGUUAUGAAUCGUGACUGUUAUUUAUGCAUUGUUAUGGUAUUCCACAUCUGCAAAUGUCAGUUGUAACUCAUUGACAUGUCCAUUGUAUUUCAUGAUUCCUGGUAAGCAUUGUAAUAACCUUUAUGUCUAAUCAAACUCAGUAUUAUUCAUUUCUGUUUGGCACUCUAUGGAGUUUUCAGUCUUAUCAAUUGUAAUGUUAGUAAUUCUGUAUAAUACAUAAUAAAGGCAU